CGCUGUGCUGCUGACGUUUUACCCUCCCCGAAGUGUUAUUGGACUACAAACAUGGAGGAAGACAUAGGAAAACAACUUAGUCCACAUGCAGAUGGAGCAGGCAAUAACAAUUCAUCUACUACGGCCGAACAGCUGAACUUGCCUACAGUGUCUGCACAGACGGAGGAAGCGAUUUGCGAAAGUAAACGUAAAAUUGAUGUUCUUUUAAAAGCUGUUGGAGAUACACCAAUAAUGAAAAAUAAAAAAUGGACCAUAGAGAAAACACGAACAAUCCAAGGCCUGAUGGACUUCAUCAAAAAGUAUCUGAAGCUGGAUUCAGGGGAACAAAUGUUUAUCUACGUUAAUCAGUCAUUUUCUCCAUCCCCUGACCAAGAAGUAGGAACAUUGUAUGAGUGUUUUGGAAGUGAUGGAAAACUGGUUUUACAUUACUGUAAAACGCAAGCUUGGGGAUGACCAAUUCCUGGAUCAUAUUUGAAAUCCUCUGGUUUAGGAAAAGGACUUAAUGAACUUCAGUCUCAUGAUCCUUCUUUAAACCAUGCAUCAUGAUGAAAUGAAGAGCCACACCAAACUACUAAAACGUUCAGAGCAUGACCUGCAACAAAUCAUUUUUCACAAAUUACUUGGAAUGACAAACGUUAUCUAUUGACUCUACUUGUUAGCCUGUCUCAGUAAAAUAAGAGCAAAUGAUCCUUAUAAAUUGUAAUGCGUAAGUGCAAUGUUUCUUGUCCAUUUAUAGAUGCAAAAUAUAUAGUGGUUUGGUUUUUUGAAUGGUAUGUGAUAUAAGUAUGGAUCAUAAAAGCAAAAAUCAAUUACGUUUUCCAAUUUAAAAUUUCAUACACAAUUA